GUCUAUAUCAAUAGGAGUAUAAUCUUAUAAUACAUUUUUAGGACAUUCCAAUGAGUGAAGAAUAAUAACAACAUAUUAUAAAUGGGGGAUUACUAAAAUGUGAGGAUAUGCAUAAUGGAUCAUGCAUUGUUGAUGCUUUAUUUCGGUUUGUAAAAAUUUGGAAUAAUUCUUAUAAAUAUUAUAUUCCAAUACAUUUGAUCCCUUUAUUAUUAUUUCAAAGAAAAAAAUUAAAGCAAAAGUAAUUUUACCAACAUAAUUUUAUAGUCCAGGAAAGACUUUGAAAUAAUGCUUUUUGGAAUUUUGUGGUUCUGUAUUUUUUGUUGCUGGAUAUAUUUCAGCUUGUAAAUAUGUUUUCUGUAAAUUAAGAACAAUGGAGUUUAAUAAUAGUAAUGCUAUAACUAUUAUUUUAAUAGGGAUUUCGCUUAGUUUAUCUGGGUUAUUUUCCGGAGUUUUUCUUUUUGCAGAGAAAUUAAAUAGAAGAGCUGAAAUAACCAUCUUUUUAGCUCCUAAAUUUUUAGAAACUGUUUGGCAUAUGCUAUAAAAAAGAAAUUUAGUCAUGAAAAUUGAUUAUUGGGAAUAUAUUAUAUUUGGAAUAGCUAUGGGAAUAAUAAAUUAUCAUUAUAUUAAUAAAGUAAAAAAGAAUAAUAAUAUUAAUUUUUUUAGCCAAAUUAAAUUAAAUACUCUUAUUUGUAAGUAUUCAAAAAAAUAUGGAACUGA